AUGGCUAAUCUUACCAAACUUGAGUUCGUUGCCCUUCAUAGUUCAGGCAAGAACUACUUUUCAUGGGUACUGGAUGCUGAAAUCAAUUUGGAUGCAAUGGGUCUUGGAGACACCAUUAAAAUUGAAAAUAAAGCAUCAAAACAAGACUGUGCUAAAGCAAUGAUAUUCUUAUGUCAUCAUAUUGAUAAAAUUUUAAAAAUUGAAUAUCUCACAGUCAAGGAUCCACUCGUUCUGUGGAAUAAUCUAAAAGAAAGAUAUGACCAUUUGGAGAUGGUCAUUCAUCCAAAGGCACGAUAUGAUUGGAUGCAUUUAAGGCUACAAGACUUUAAGUCUAUCCAUGAGUACAAUUCUGCCAUGUUCAGAAUUACUUCUCAAUUGAAAUUAUGUGGAGAUACGGGUUUCAAGAAGUAUUCUGAACUGAUUUCUCAUCUUCUCGUGGCUGAACAAAAUAAUGAUUUGUUGAUGAAAAAUCAUGAAAAUCAUGAGAAUCGUCCCACUGGAUCUACACCAUUUCCUGAAGUGAAUGAGGUGUACGCCCACCACGCUAGGCGUGGAAGAGGUCGUGGACGUGGUCGUAAUUGCAACCAAGAGAGAAAUCCUUUUCCCGGUGUUAAUCAUUCACCAAAGAAAAAUCACUAUCAAAAGGGAAAAGGAAAAGAUGAGAAACAUGAAACAGUUAAAACAAACAAUUUUCGAUGUGGUGGAAAGGGUCAUUAUGCAUGUGAUUAUCGUACUCCUAAACACUUAGUUGAGCUUUACCAAUCAUCACUAAGAAAUAAGGAUAAAAAUCCUGAAGCUAAUUUUAUCACUGAUCAUGUUGACAUCACACACUUGGAUGUACCAGAUUUCUUCACACACCCCGAAGGAAAAAUACAUCACUUAAUUGGUGACGGUUCUGUGGAUAUGGAAGAAUAA